CCAGAGGAAGAGACAGGCAGCGUACACAGCGGGUAGCUUAUUGCCGCCUGUUACUCGGCUCGGGUGCGGAUUGAUCCCAUAACGUGUGCACACGAAGAAAGAAAGAAAUUCAGGCCACCGGGCUAUGGAUCCAAUAUUCUUCUCUCCGCCUAAUGGAGUCCCGUCUGAAAGCAAACUGGCAACCUAUAUGAGUCGACAGAACGUUUCCACACCGACGUAUGGGUUGUCAACGGGUCUCAGCAAACUAAAUCUAGACUCUCCUAUAUCGAUUAAGAAAACUCAGGUGACUCCCCAGUCGCCAGAAUUCAUUCCAAACAAUCGUCUCAACACAUCAUCAUCACCAAACUUCUACUCGUCGUACUCGAUACUCGGCAGCAACGGUAGUACGGUGCCGGCCGGUGGUAACAGUGUGAUAACGUCAAACAAUGGCACAACGGUGGUCGUGGCAGCGGGCAGUACGGCAGGGUCCGUCGUCCCCGGUGGCCCCGGCCAGUCCCAGGCAGCACAGCUUUCAUCGGUGGCGACGGCGAUCGUCCCCAAUGGCAACGGUGGACUAGCGGGUGGGGGAGGUGGCGGUGGAGGUGGAGGAAACGGAAACAGUUCCGGGGUUAAGUCCCAAGCCAGCAGCUACGGGAGCAGUAUCCUCGGUAGCUCACUCAGCAAUAGCUCAACGUAUGCUGUGACGCCCAUCAAGGGUCGAAGUUUACUCCGUAACGAAUCACCACAGAGUACUAAUACAUCUCCCCGAAUUACGCCUCAACCAUCACCACCGCCAAUUACCACCAACAUUCAUCAAGAGAAUGUCGGUGGGACGACGUAUUUCUAUCCGACCGCAGCAAACCAUCAAUUAACACCGAGUAGUACAGUUAACACGACUGAUAAUACAUUUGUCCACGUAGCAAGCUCACAAAUUAAUUUAAGUUACUCGCAUCCAGGACAUCUCUACCCGGGACCUGCAUCGCACGUUGUCAACAUGCAGCAAGUGAAGGCACAAGUAUCGAUGGCGUACUUCCUGCAGGACGAACUGAGAAACGAUAUUUUAUCUAGGAACGAAAUAGUCAAUAGUGUUGAAACCGAGUGUCAAGAUUUACCUCUAGAAGUGGAGAACUAUCAUUCGUUAAGUCUGUUAGAGUCUUUGCCAGUCCAUCCCAAGCUACCGGUACAGUCGUCCACCUACAAAGCAACACACAAUCUAACGGGCGUGAAAUACUGCCUUAGACGUCUUCAUGGUUUCCGUCUCCAGUCGACCAAAUGCAUGCAGAUAGUCGAUAUGUGGAAAAAGCUACAGCACACGAACGUAGUACAACUCCGCGAAGUAUUCACUACGAAAACCUUCGGUGAUAAUUCCUUGGUGAUAGUGUACGACUAUCACCCCGGAUCGCAGACGUUACUUUCGAAGUACUUUAUCCCGAGCGCAGAACCAACAAACGGCUAUUCCGAUCCUUUCUCCGGCGAAGCACGACCCUUCAGUCACAAAAGUUCCCUUCACAGGACGGCUGCCAGUACGCUCCUGCCGGAGAACGAAAUCUGGUCAAUUAUCAUCCAGCUGUCCGCCGGGCUGCGGGCAAUACACCAAGCUGGUUUGGCCUGCCGAACACUGGACCCAACGAAAAUCAUCAUCACCGGCAAGAGGAUACGGUUCAGUUGCGUAGCGAUAUCGGACCUUGCCACGUACGAUGCCAGCCAGACGAACCCCCUGACCGUUGUGAAUCAUCAUCAACAGGAUGAUCUAACGGCACUAGGAAAACUGAUACUGGCCCUCGCCUGUCGAAGCUUACAAUCUGUACAAAGAGAUCAGAUUCAGAACAGUAUUGAGCUAAUAUCGCGUCACUACUCGUCGGAUUUGAGGAAUAUAAUUUUAUACUUACUAUCAUCGAGCAACCGACGCUCGGUGACGGAGAUCAUGCCAAUGAUUGGCGCUCGCUUCUACGUGCAACUUGACGCACUACAAUCCCAAUGUGAUAUCCAGGAGGAUGAACUGGCCCGGGAGAUGGAAAAUGGCCGGCUCUAUCGGGUGCUGGUCAAGCUGGGCACGAUCAACGAACGACCAGAACUCAACCUGGACGUCACGUGGUCGGAAACGGGCGAUCGGUACAUGCUGAAACUGUUUCGUGAUUACCUCUUCCACACCGUCACGGAGGACGGCCGUCCCUGGCUGAACCAGUCCCACAUCGUGCAGUGUCUCAACAAGCUGGACGCGGGCACCAUGGAGAAGGUCCAGCUAAUGUCACGUGACGAACAAUCAGUAUUAGUGGUGACUUAUGCUGAACUGAAGCACUGUUUAGAGCAAGCAUUUUCCGAACUGGUAGCGGCGGCCACCGUGUAAUAGGAGGCUUGCAUCCGUAUACAAAGUGACACUGCUUGAAGUGAACGAAAACCGAAAAUUUAACUUGAGGCUCGAGAGAUGUGUAAUAUUUUCUAUAGUGUGAAACCCAGAAGCAGCCGUCGUCAGUAAUCGAAGAUGAUAUACUGGAGUUGAUGGUCAUACACGCAUACAUAUUUAAAAACAGAACAGAGAGAAGCAUACAACAGCAACAACAACAAAAAAACAACAACCACAACUACAAACAACAGGUUUAAAGUGGAGAGAGAAAGCGAAAGAAUGCAGUUUCUACUACACAUAGAGGUAUGCUCGUGAUCUUAUUUGAUCUUAUUUUUUAUACACAUACAACCUAACAGAGGAUGAAAGAGAUGAAUCAUUAUAAGAUGAAAAAGUGAAACUGUUGAAAAAACGAAACCAACUGUAAAAAAUAAAAAUAAACUACACGAUGGAGCAGCAGAAGCAGAUUUAGUAGAAACAGAAAGAUGCAUCAUCAUUGUGUGGUAAACCAAUAUUUACAAAUACACAUAAACACACACACACACACUCACACAUUGUAGCUACGGGAAGACGACGGAGACGACAAUGCAACAAUAGAAAGGCGAGUAAGAAUUGUCGUCUCGAAGGAGAUUAGGGCGAAAACGAUAGGAAUCGAAGAUUUGUUCGGGUUAAAGCAGCUGGUGGAUCGAAAGACCAAUUCGUGUGAAGCAGCAGAUCGGAAUAAUUAGGAAAAUCUCUGUGUUUCUGUUUGAUUUCGAAGCUUUCAUUUCUCAUUUUGAAUGCGUUUGGGAAAAAAAAUCGGUCACGUGUAGGAAGAACAAAGUGCUUUCAUUGUGUGAAAAGUGUCGCAGCUUAAAUUGUGCUGAUCGAGCGCUCAGAAGCAAUAAACUGAACAGUAAGUGGCGAGAAAUGGAUUUGGAUGAAUUUGGAUUUAUAGUGAGGAUAAUAUGUUAGGAAAUGAAAAAAAAACGUAACAAAUUGUAGGAGGAUGAAAGUUUUACGUGUAAACACUGUAGAUGGUAGCGAAAAACUGCACAAUGUCUAAGCGAAGUCGCUGCAUGUGAGAUGAGUCGAUUUUCAUAGAACAAUGUAAUUCGUGUUAAUGGACGACCUUGUCGCUUAUGUUUUUGCCAAAACUGUUAGAUUCAUCCCUGUUUAUUCAAUUAUUUAAUUUUAUUUUACCGCGGCAUUUUCAAAAUUUUCUCAAAAUCGUACGCUUGUUGAUGAUCUGAAAAACGUUAUUGUUCUGUAUUCUCAAGCAAACUUCAAAUCACGCUCAAUUUAACACAUUUACCAUCUUUAGCGCUUCUGGAACCUACAGCAAGAAAAGAAAUGUUGAACCCUUAAACACUGCGCCCUUAAAAAACACAGAGAUCGAACUCAUCGAGCGUUAGCAAACCUACAUUAUUUCGAUGAUAAGUUAUCAUUAAACUGAGAAGCAAAAGAAUUGUUUGUGAUGUUAUUUUUUACUGCUUUACAUUUUAUUUUAAGAGUCCAUUUUUGUGCGUCUUUAUUUCCUGAUUAUAACGACUAUUAAUUAAUAUUAUUUUAUAUCGAUAGUUAUUAAUUAUUUUUUUGCUAGUGAUAAGACCGUAGUAUUGAAGUUAUAUAGGCAAAGAUGCAAAUGAUUCGUAUUUGUGGAAGACACACAUGAGAUAAAUUUCGACACGAAAGUAACGCGAAAGCAAAUUACAAACACACUAUUACUUACCUCGAGCUCACAAAUACAUACAAAAGAAACACUCACGCUAGAACUUAGACAGUAUAUUUCUUUGUUUUCUCAUCGAUCUCUCUCGUUACGAUCAUCUGUGUUGUUGUGGAGAGCUUCGAUCGGUUUUCCGACGGAGUUCUCAUAUUUUUUUUAGCUCUUCCCUUCUUUAUUCUACCCUAGAGGCACACAGUGGGUGACGAACAGAAUACAAAUACAAGCAUUUCCGGCCACAGACAGAGUUAAAGAAUAAACCGCACGGCGACAUUUUGUUUUGCUUUCCUUUGGCAGAAGCUUUUUUCGAUGAAACAAAAGUGAGAAUCUUUCAAAAACGGUUGAUGCAGCAAAAGAAGCGAAAUAAAAUAAAUCCAAUUAGUGGUGUUUUUAAAUGAUGAAUGAAAAACAAAAUGCUAGAAUCACAGCGACAAAUGUAAAAGUAGCGAAAGAAAUGCAAACAAAACGAGUGUAGACACAAUUAAUGCAAAUGAUGAGAUUUUGAAUGGAAGGAAGAAAACAAAAAUAUCUUAACUGAUAGAGAACAAACAAGUAAACCAAUAGAUGUAAACGUACAGAAACACAAACACACUCACACAGACACGCAGACACCUAUAAUGUAUUAACACAGGGAAGCAAAACUGGAUUGAAUUUCUAUACAAAGGGAGAACGGGGACGAAUGACGUUGAUUGUACGUGAAUAUAAAUGCAACACACACAAAAAAGAACAAAUUCAUAUUCUUCCUGUGAGCAAAACAAAUAGAAACUAAAAUAAAACAAAUCGAAAUGGGUAGUAAAGAGAGAAAGGAAGAGAGAGAGAGAGAGAGAGAGAGAGAGAGAGAGAGAAAAAACGAAAGUUUUGAGUUAAAAUAAAGAAAUGGAGAAAGACUUUUUACUGUGACAAAUAAUAUUUAAAAGGUGAAAAAACAAAACAAAUGAAACAGAAGUAAACAAGAGAAACUGAUAAGAUACACUUAUAGGAGAAGUAAACAAAGGUAAAAACAGAGAUAUAUUUGUAAUAAAAGAAGAAAAACGAAAAAAGCACAAAAAAGAAAACGUAACCACUCUGGGCAAAAUGGAUGCUGGUUGACGUGUGGUUGGUUGGUUCCUCUAUUAAACUCGAAAUUGGCGGCCUAUUCCAUUCGGUACCGAAAAUUGAAA